AUGGCUCCCGCUGGGCCCCGUGCAGCCCUCGUUCUCCUGUCACUUCUGCUGCUGCUGCGCGCUAUUCUGACCGUGCCCCUGGAGCGGGGGGCGCCCAAGGAGGAGAAUCCCGCGACCGAAAGCCCUGACACAGGUCUGUACUACCACCGGUACCUCCAGGAAGUCAUCAACGUGCUGGAGACAGACGGGCACUUCCGGGAAAAGUUGCAGGCUGCCAAUGCUGAGGACAUCAAGAGCGGGAAGCUGAGCCGGGAGCUGGACUUCGUCAGCCACCAUGUCCGCACCAAACUGGAUGAACUCAAGCGGCAGGAGGUGUCAAGGCUGCGGAUGCUGCUCAAGGCCAAGAUGGACGCCCAGCAGGAGCCCAAUGUACAGUUGGAUCACCUGAGCCUCCUGAAGCAAUUUGAACACCUGGACCCUCAGAAUCAGCACACAUUUGAGGCCCGGGACCUGGAGCUGCUGAUCCAGACAGCCACCCGGGACCUUGCCCAGUACGACGCAGCCCAUCAUGAAGAGUUCAAGCGCUACGAGAUGCUCAAGGAACACGAAAGACGCCGUUAUCUGGAGUCCCUGGGAGAGGAGCAGCGAAAGGAGGCAGAGAGGAAGCUGGAAGAGCAACAGCGCCGGCACCGAGAACACCCCAAAGUCAAUGUGCCUGGCAGCCAAGCCCAGUUGAAGGAGGUAUGGGAGGAACUGGAUGGAUUGGACCCCAACAGGUUUAACCCCAAGACCUUCUUCAUACUGCAUGAUAUCAACAGUGAUGGUGUCCUGGAUGAGCAGGAGCUGGAGGCCCUCUUCACCAAGGAGCUGGAGAAGGUGUAUGACCCCAAGAAUGAGGAAGAUGACAUGCGGGAGAUGGAGGAGGAGCGGCUGCGCAUGCGGGAGCACGUGAUGAAGAAUGUGGACACCAACCAGGACCGCCUCGUGACCCUGGAGGAGUUCCUUGUAUCCACGCAGAGGAAGGAGUUCGGGGACACCGGGGAGGGCUGGGAGACAGUGGAGAUGCACCCUGCCUACACGGAGGACGAGCUGAGGCGCUUUGAGGAGGAGCUGGUUGCCCGGGAGGCAGAGCUCAAUGCCAAGGCCCAGCGCCUCAGCCAGGAAACCGAGGCUCUGGGGCGCUCCCAGGGCCGCCUGGAGGCCCAGAAGAGAGAGCUGCAGCAGGCUGUUCUGCAAAUGGAACAGAGGAAACAGCAGCAGCAAGUCCACAACAACCCAGCACCCGGCCCCGAGGGACAGCUCAAGUUCCACCCAGACACAGAUGAUGCACCUGUCCCAGCUCCAGCUGGUGACCAGAAGGAUGUGGAUCCUUCAGAAAAGAAAGUUCCAGAACAGACCCCCAAGCUGCCCCAGCUGGAGUCACAGCACCUGUGA